AUGCGUCGCCGGCGCUUCUCCGUGCAGGCGCUCCUGUGUCUGGCCUCAACAUGGGCGCUGCUGGUCGCCGGCGGCGCGUCGGCGACGUGGUGCAUCGCGCGCAGCGGGGCGCCGACGAAGACGCUGGUGGCGGGGCUGGACUACGCGUGCAGCCCGGCGGGCGGCGCCGACUGCGCGCCCAUCCAGGCCGGCUCCGGCCUCUGCUUCCUCCCCAACACCCUCGCCGCGCACGCCUCCUACGCCUACAACUCCGCCUUCCAGCGCUCCGGCGCCGCGCCCGGCGCCUGCGACUUCGCCGGCACCGCCACCAUCACCAUCACGGACCCCAGUUACGGAUCAUGCACAUACCCUGCGUCUCCAAGCGCCGCCAGGUCACCAGGUUCAACCACAUCUCGACCACCUCCGGGAACUAGCAACGACGAUAGCAACCAACCUGACCUCGGCCCCGAUUCUGAAGCUGAAACUCGCAUUGCUGUGGGCGGCGCCGCAUCCUUCAUGUCUCUUGCCCUGUCCUGUUUCGUGUAUCUGCACCUGCGGUGAUGGUGGGCACUACGGACCGCGCGCAUAGUUAGAGCAUCAGAGUCGUGUUGUGAGAAAGCACCACAUUUUUGUUUAUGGGAAAAUUUUAGUGAUCAAUGGUUAGCUGUUGUAACCUGCCUGUUCAAGCAAAAGGGCUAGAGUGGCAGAUAUUUCAGUUAUAUUGAUUCAGUUGGAUGUUCAUUCAGGUUAUGUGUUUGCGGUUUAA